GUUGCACACGUUCUCUCUCUCUCUCUCCCUCUCCCUCUCGGACUUGACAAGGGUUUCUAUCUCUUCGGUUCGAAGGAAUACCUAAAGAUGGAAGAAGGAAAAUGGGAGGAAUUGAAUAUGGAUUGCUUGGUGAAUGUGUUUGGGAGAGUUGGAAUUGAAUCACUUCUUUUAGACAUACCCUUUGUGUGCAAAUCAUGGUUCAAAGCCACACUCAGUCGUCAAAGCUGGCAUAAACUUGAUUUUUCUCCAAUAUCAAUUGGUUCAUGGUUUUAUUAUGAUGGCUCCAAGUCAAGUAGAUUAGUUGAUAAAUAUCAAUUGAAGGACAACUGGGCUGUUACUGAAUUCAUCAAGUAUGUAAUCAAACGUAGCAAAAGAUCUGCCACUUUUAUAUCUCUUCCAGGCUGUUGUACAGAGGAAGCUUUGAUUUACAUUGCAGAUGAGUGUCCUGGCUUAAAGACUUUGAUGUUGCCUCUGCCUCAUGAUCAUAUGUUGAAGAUCCCAAAGCUUAUAAGCAACUGGAAAAGUUUGGAGUUCUUAAGACUUGGAAACAGCAAUCAAAUGCAAGAAUUCAUUACUGAAAUCAGCAUUCACUGCAACAACUUUGUUGGAUUGAGUGUUGUAAGUGCCUAUAUUUGGAAAGAUGAAGCAUCAGCUAUUGUGACCCUACUCCCAAACAUAAAUUAUUUGAGCCUAAGGUAUGCAUCCAUGAAAAAGGAGAACCUAGUGAUGAUUUUGCAAGGCUGCAAAGAACUCGAGUAUGUGGAUGUUAGGGAUUGCAUAGGUUUUAAUGAGGGUGAUGAUGAGAUAUUGAAGUUUGCUGCUCAUAUCCGCACAUUCAAGCAUAAGGGUUCAUGCUUGUUUGAUGAUGUUGAUUACUGCCACUAUGAGGACAAUGUGGAUCUUGAUUUCUGCCACUAUGAGGACAAUGAUAUUGAUUACUGCCACUAUGAUGGUUAUUACAUGGACAAUGGUCCCUAUGAAGAUGAUUAUUAUGAGGACUUGGAUCAUGAUUACUGCCAUGGUGAAGGUUACUGCUCUGGCUAAGGGUUGUUUAAUGUCUGUUUAGUGACUGUCAACUAGUUCCAGUAUUAAAAACUCUGGUUUAUUGUUAGGUAAUGGAUGAUAUAGCAAGUGGUCUAGCAUGUUUCCCAAUAUGAACCAACAUUGGGUAUAUAAAGGCUUUUUGUUUUCUUCACUUAUGUUUUAAACAGUUAAUCGUAAUUUACUCUAGAUUGCUUGACAGCCUUUUGAUUU